CGCAGGACUUUUAGCGCUUUUCAUUUCCUUGGCCUCCCUUGUGUCACUUUGGAGAAACAAAGACAAAACUGUAGAAGAGGGAGAUUUCACAGUGCACAUCUGUCAGAUGCUGAGCCUUGCAGUUUCUAUAUGGAUUGUGAACACCACUCACUCCAGCCUAGCUGCUAAGCAUGGACUGCCACUGCUAAACCAGAUAUUGAGUUGGUUAAUAGUAGUUUUUUCCUUGGUUGCACCAUUACUUAGUACCACGUUCCUGUUCCAGCGGCUCCUGAGCAUUUUUCUUUCUUUUAUGUCCUCCUAUAUUCUCUUCAGCACAGGGUAUGAAGCCUUUUUCCCUGUGGCUCUUUCCUGUUUGAUGUUUGUAUGGAUAUUUGUAGAGCAAGAGGCAUUAGUAAAGCACGCCCUUUCUUUCAAACAGAAGCUUAACAGUAUUGACUUCUCCUGCAGAACAGAUAUAACUCAGUUUCGACAACUAAAUCUGGAUGACAUUCGAAGAGCCUUCUUUUUGGUAUUCUUCAUAGUCACAGCCUUUUUCGGUACCGGGAAUAUAGCAUCCAUUAACAGCUUUGACCCUGCAUCCGUGUAUUGUUUCCUUACUGUGUUCAACCCAUUUGUGAUGGGAGCAUUAAUGAUGUGGAAGAUUCUCAUCCCCUUCAUUAUGGUGAUGUGUGCUUUUGAAACUGUUCAGAUCUCAGCACAGAUUUCCUCAAAAAGUCUUUUUCUCAUCGUUCUUGUGAUAUCGGACAUAAUGUCUCUGCAUUUUUUCUUCCUGGUUAAAGACUAUGGGAGCUGGCUGGACAUUGGAACAAGCAUCAGCCAUUAUGUCAUUGUGAUGUCUAUGACUAUCUUUUUGAUGCUCCUGCGUGGAUUGGUUCAGUAUCUUACUACAAGGAAAAUACAGAGUGGGAAAAGAAGAAAACACCAUGCCACUUGACACAGAGGAAAGAGCCUGCUACAUGCGUACAGUUCAUCGGUCAUGGUCGCUGUUUACAUACACUAGUCUUA